AUGGACAUUUCAACGGUGGGCGUUGCUUUUGGCGUUAAGUCUUGGUGUAUCAACCUAGCAGGGAUUCUGGGCCUAAUCUGGAUUUCCUACACAAUUAUCUACAACCUCUACUGGACGCGUCUGAAGCGCUUUCCAGGACCACUGCUAUGGAAAGUCUCGCGCAUUCCAGCGCAGCUGUCGAUGCUGCGUGGCUUUUCGCAUUUAGACGUCACCGCGCUACACGAGCGCUACGGUCCAGCAGUGCGGAUUGGGCCGAAUGAAUUGGCAUUUAACACACCCCAGGCCUUCCGCGACAUCUAUAACAAUCGUUCUGGGAAGUGUUUUCCCAAAGCCCGGAGUUACUAUCCCUUACCGGUUAACGGGGUGGAACCUGUUUCUGUCGCGGUGGAGGAUGAUGUUCAUGCGAGGCAGCGGCGGCUGCUAUCGUAUGGAUUCUCAGAUCGGGCGCUGAGAGAGCAGGAAGGUCUCAUUAUGGGGUUUGUGAAUACGCUUAUCGAGCGGUUGACUGGUGAGGUUGAGAAGGGGAGUGGAGAAGCGAAGGUCGAUAUUAAGGAGUGGAUGAAUUUCGCUACGUUUGAUAUCACUGGUGAGCUUACGUUUGGGGAAUCGUUUAACUGUCUUCAGGAUAGCGAAUUGCAUCCGUGGAUCGGGGUCAUUUUCAAGUCCAUCAAGCAGGGCUCCUAUCUCAUUGUUGCUGGGCAGUUUCCCUGGGCGCAGAAGUUGUUGGUGAAGAUGAUCCCGCAGAGGUUGAUGCAGAAAGCUUUCGAUCAUUUCAAUCUGAGUGCCAUGAAAGCCGAUCGUCGCCUGGCGAAUAAGACUAGCAGGCCGGAUUUUAUGUCUGCGAUUUUAAAAGGCGGGUUGAGUGAGGAGCCGGGUGUUUAUCGCGGUUCUGAGAAGAUUAUGAGUCGGGAUGAGGUGCAUUCGAAUGCUUUGAUGUUGAUCUUGGCCGGUAGUGAAACAUCGGCUACACUCCUUUCCGGAUGUGUCUAUUACAUCUGUCGACACCCAACCGCCUUGAAAAAGCUCACAAAGGAGGUCCGCUCCUUUCUCACCGGUGAUCAAGAUAUCACGAUGAGCAAAACCUCAAAACUCCCAUAUUUGGCCGCGGUAAUUGAAGAGACACUACGAUUAUAUCCACCCGUUGCAGCUGGGUUACGCCGCAUCGUUCCAAAAGGGGGCGCCACAAUCGAUGAAUACUUUGUUCCCGAAAAUACCAUCGUUGCAUGCCAUCAAUACGCUUCUUUCCAUUCCUCAUCCAACUUUGCCUGUCCCGACGACUUCAUCCCUGAACGAUGGCUAGGAAUAGAUCCUCGCUUCGACGAUGACAAGAGGACUGCUCUUCAGCCAUUUAGCCUUGGGCCUAGAAAUUGUCCGGGCAAGAAUCUUGCAUACAGCGAAGUCCGUCUUAUUCUCUGUAAAUUGCUGUACAACUUCAACGUCGAGCUGCGGUCUGAAUGUACCGACUGGAUUGACCAGGAGUCAUAUUUUCUUUGGGAUAAACCGGCGCUUUGGGUUACUUUGAAGGAGAGGAUCUCGAGCACCUAA